GUGUCAGUGGUACGAUUUCAUGUGUGGACUCAAACUGUUAGUGUCAAAAUGAUAAGUAAUAUCCUAUUUCAUUAUUAGAUUGCGUGAGAUGAUGAUGGCUAUAGUGGAACCUAAAAUUAUACUUUUGUUCAGCGGGAAACGGAAGUCUGGGAAAGACUACGUGACGGAUUUGAUUCAUAAAAGACUAGGACCUGAUGUGUGCUCUAUCUUGCGUCUCUCUGGUCCUCUCAAGCAUCAAUAUGCACAGGAACAUGGACUGGACUUUGGGGAGUUGUUGGGAGCAGGACAGUACAAGGAGAAGUACCGUGCGGAUAUGAUCCAGUGGGGUGAAAGGCGAAGAGAACAGGACCCUGGGUUCUUCUGUCGACUGGCCAUUGAAGGAGCUCAACGACCUAUCUGGGUUGUAAGUGACACGCGGCGCCUGUCAGACCUGCAGUGGUUCUGGCGGGAGUACCCCAGUCAGUCUCGCUGUGUUCGGGUCGAAGCUUCCGAGGAGACCAGGAGGGAGAGGGGCUGGGAGUUCACGGCAGGAAUAGAUGAUGCAGAGUCAGAAUGCGGUCUGGACCAGGGAGUGCAGUUUGAUUGGAUAAUAAGAAAUGACAGAGCUGCUCCCCCAUUGGAAGACCAGCUCCAUAUGCUCCUCUCAUUGGCUAAAGAAAAAACAAGACUGUAGUUGAACACAAUGAUGAUGACCAAUCAAAAUAUGACCAAUCAAAAUAUGAAGGGACAUGUUUGAAACACAAUUCAUCAUGUAAUGUUUUCUGUGAAAACAUGUGAUCCUAGCUUUUAGGGACUAAUGUUAACAGAUUGAAUAAAAAGGUGUGCACUCAAGCAAGUUGUUAUUUUGAAACCUUACAUUAAAGAUGUGUAAUAAUAAAAACAAACAAGUCAAUUUUGGAAUGUCAAUAUGAAUCAUGGUUCUUUAUUAAAAAAAAAUCCUGUGUCCAUUUGUGUCAUGAUUAUUACAAUGAAGACAUCAUUGGUAACAAGAUGCUUACACAGCUCCGAGUGAAAAGUUCCAGUUAAAAACAUUUGAUGCAAUACUUUUUACUUGAUGCAAAUACGAUAUUUGUAUUCCUUUAUUUAAUUUUAUUAUGCUUGCAGCUCACUUCAUUUGCAGAAAAAAAAUAUAGUUUUAAUAAUCUAUACUGAUAGGUUUAGACAAUACCCUUUUGUGUUUCCCUUCUCAUUGGCCCCUAUGCUUCCAUUUUGGCAGUGGAACGCGUUGUGAUUGGCUGAUCACUACCCUCCCUACCCACUUCUCGCAUCAUAUCUGAAGAAACAAUAUGGCUGAAAAAAGGAAAAACUGCACAUCAUCCAAGCUAAUUGAAUCCUUAUAAUGAUCUAAAACGAAAUUUCCUGAUCUUAAGGGAAGAACAAAAAUAACUGACUCAAAAUGUAACCGUUUUGUUUACAGUAAGUUAAGAUGGUGGCCCUUUUUGGGGAAUAGUUUGGGGAAAAUAAAAACCUCACAAAUACCACAGUGAAACUAAAACACCUCCCUUAUGAAAAAAAAAAAACCCAUACACAAAACC